GCGGAGCGCGGGCGGCGCCCGCAGCCCCGGAGCGGUGCGGCGGCGGCAGCGGUACCCAUGGCCCUGCCGGCGGAGGCAGACCGGCUGGAUGGGGGCUGGCAGGAGGUCUACUCUGCGCUCCAGUGGAUCCAGUUCACCAUGGCCAUGCUCAGCGUUGUAGGUUCCAGCUCAAUUAUUGCCUACGCCGUCUUCCAAAACGCAGUGCGGUCCCCCGAGGUGCGUCCCCUUUUCUACCUGAGCCUCUCAGAUCUGUUCCUGGGCAUGUGCUGGCUGGCUGGGGCCCUGCUCUACAGCUCACCCACCUCCCAGCAAGAUCUCAUCUGCUACAACCUGCAGGCCACGGGACAGGUAUUCUAUGUGGCCUCUUUUCUCUACACUGUAAACUACACUUGGCACCUGUACAUGGACCUCAAGGUGAAAUACAACCAGAACCUCUUCAGGGUGCCCCCCCAGGUUGUAGAUUAUGCAAGUUGUGUUGGCCGAAUAGCAACUAUCUUGUCAAGCCUGAUCCCUUUCCUCCUCAUGGUGCCUGUGUUUUGCCUGGGCAACAGCAGUAAUUGCUACCAGAACUUCAGCCAGAAGCACGGGUGUCUCCUGAUGCACGCGGAGAUGGCCGAGCCCCCCAGCCAGCCCCAGAGCCCGAGCGGCUCUGUUUGCCGUGCAAUGCAUUUCUACAGCAUCGGCGUCUUCCUCGUCUCCUUCCUCAUCAGCUUCGUGGCCAUCCUGGUUAUCCUGAGUCAGGCCCGAGGGCUGUACAAGAGGUUUGUGAACUCCACAGGAUUCCUGGGGGAUCAGCAGUGGGCCAUGAUUAAGAUGGUGGAACAACGGGUGGUUUUUUACCCUGUUGCCUUCUUCUGCUGCUGGGCCCCAGCUGUCCUCCUUGGAAUGCUGAAAUUGACUGCUUCAACAACCAGCAAAAUCUACAUGGCUCUGCUGAUCCUGCAGGCUCUCACCGCAGCUUCCCAGGGGCUCCUGAACUGCCUGGUGUACGGCUGGACCCAGCACGUGUUCCUGUCCCUGAAGCGCGACUCCCGCCGGGAUGUGGACACCCAGACGCCGCUCCUGCGCUCCCAGAAGAAAUUCUACUCCAGCACGGGCCCCGCCGGCCCGCCCGACACCGAGGGCUCCUCCUCCACCCUGCUCUGAUGCAGCCCUGCCCGGAAGGAGAGAGGAGAGAGGCAGAGUCCUUCCAUCUCCUCGUUCUCCAGAGCCGGGAUGGAACUGCCCCUCGGGGCUGGCAGAGCCAGGCGCUCAGUGGACAUAGUUAUUUAUUUGAUGGAUCAUUUCAGCGUGGUAAAUCUUUAGUCCAGACUUUCUUCUCUUGGAAAUAUCCCUAGAAAUGCAGCAAACCCCAGGUAAAGGCUCAGAGACCUGGUCCAGCUCCAUGGAGGUUGAGCAGAGGAUGUUUUACUUUGUUUUAUUUCUCCAAGUUAUUGCCUUUACAAAUUAACAAAAAAGCAAAAUGAGUAUUUUUCAAUCUCUGCCUUUAAAUUCACUCUAACCAUGAGAAUUUCACCACCCUAAGAACCAAUUGCAAGAAAUGAAGAAUUGCAAAGCAGAACAAAACCUGCCUGGAAUUUCUGCACAUUUCCCUUCCCUUCUUCCUGCCAACUCCUGCUCAGCCACAAUACUCCCAAAAAUCAGCUGCUUCGACCCUGUGGAGCAUCUCUCAUGAACCAGGUGAGCAGGACUUUGAAUCUCUCUUUGCAUUUCCAGAAGUUCACAUGAAUUAUUUACUGAGGUCCCACCAUUCUACAGGAAAUAAAACAGGUCUUAAGCUGUGUUGAAAAUAA